AUGGCUCUUAUGGGAGAUCUUCUCCUCCAGGCUCCCAGCACGGUGACAUUGCUGGGGGCUGUGCUGUUUCUGCUGGUCCUCUACCUCUUCUUCUCUGGUUCCAACUCUGAGGAACAGGGGAAGGAGCCUCCAGGACCCAGGCCACUGCCCCUGCUUGGUAACAUGCUCCAGCUGGAUCUCAAGGAGCCCUAUCACACUCUCUGUGAGGUAACAAGAAGUCCUGCGUUGCUUUCAGAGAACCAUGUUGAGGUUGUUGAUAUGAUCUGUGAGAUUUUAUCUGUUUCAUCUCACUUUUAUAGUUUUCUUGCUAUUUCACCAGGUUUGAAAAGUUUAGUAAGCAAACUGAUAUAAUGGACUUCCGCACAUUGUACAUGCUUUUAGCUGGUUAAUGUUGUUUAAUGUUCGAUUCUUCAGUGUAUUUCAAUGGAUAUGUCCUGCCCAAGUAGCCUGGUCACAUAUCUGUUUUUUGUUGGGACCAGGCUAUGGUCAAAAUACUUUGUGAUGGUGACCAAAGCAUUGCAAGCAAAGAGAUGAGAGGCCACUUUAGCCACUUUAGAAUAUUGGAGAUGCACCCUAGAAAUAUCCCUUCAGUAUUUAAACCCAGGUCUCACCUCAACUGUAAACCAUUGUUUUCAGGCUGUUUCUGGACUGAAACUUGUUUAACAAGCCAUAUGUGAUGUCCAGUUUUGUGCUUAUUCAUAUAUCAUUACGAGACAUAACUGAGUCUAUGGUAUACUUUAUGUAUGCUUUAUCUGUCCAGCUUUCCAAGAAAUACGGCUCCAUCUUCACGGUUCACUUUGGACCCAAGAAAGUGGUUGUUCUGGCAGGAUACAAGACGGUCAAGCAGGCACUGGUCAACCAGGCAGAGGACUUUGGGGACAGGGACAUCACUCCUGUGCUCAGUGAACUAAACCAUGGACAUGGUAAUGAUAUUACUUAUUCUGGCUAUGUCACAUUCUUAAAGGGAUAGUUCACCCAAAUUACAAAAUCAUAUUGGGUUUCCUUACCCUGUAAGCAGUCUAUGGACAAGCUAAGACAACAAUCCAUGCUUUAGUUUUGUUUACCUGGCCACAACAGCUAACAGCUAAUCCAGUACAAGUCAAUAUCCCCACAUAUUAGCUUGUUUUGCGUUUUAUGUCCAAAUCAUCUUAAAGUAAUUGUCCAGUGUUUCCAGAUAUCUAUGAAAUAUAACCGAAAAUGUGUUACAAUAUGAGUGACAUAUUCUUCCUUCCAAAACAAUUGUAAUUGAGUAUGUUAAAAAUAAGCUUUUCUGUGUUGGAAUGGUGUGGGCGUACCACAACAGAAUCGUGUGGGCUUAUACCAGUCCUAAAACAUAUUAAUGUGAGUAGACGACUGAUUGGUCAGCUCAUCCUCGUCAAGAGGAUGACAUCCUAUAUGAGGAAAUAGCAAGCAUUUUUUAUAAUAAUAAUAAUAAUAUGCCAUUUAGCAGACGCUUUUAUCCAAAGCGACUUACAGUCAUGCGUGCAUACAUUUUUUUUUGUGUGUAUUUUUAAAUAGUCUGUUUGAGAUAAAAGUUGUAGUGUUUUUUUCUCCAAUUUAUGUUUGGCCACAAAAGGAGGAGUCAACAACAUUAUGUGGGUAUAAGUUAACAGAAUAUUAACUUUUAAAAGUGAGAUUUUCACUGGACAGUUACUUUAAAGCUGCAAUAUGUAACUUUUUGGGCGACCUUACCAAAUUCACAUAGAAAUGUGAGUUAUAGAUAUGCUAUUCGCGUUGAAAGCAAUUGUAAGAAGCGGUAGAUCUGUUCUACAGUGGGGAAAAAAAGUAUUUAGUCAGCCACCAAUUGUGCAAGUUCUCCCACUUAAAAAGAUGAGAGGCCUGUAAUUUUCAUCAUAGGUACACGUCAACUAUGACAGACAAAAUGAGAAAGAAAAAUCCAGAAAAUCACAUUGUAGGAUUUUUAAUGAAUUUAUUUGCAAAUUAUGGUGGGAAAUAAGUAUUUGGUCACCUACAAACAAGCAAGAUUUCUGGCUCUCACAGACCUGUAACUUCUUCUUUAAGAGGCUCCUCUGUCCUCCACUCGUUACCUGUAUUAAUGGCACCUGUUUGAACUUGUUAUCAGUAUAAAAGACACCUGUCCACAACCUCAAACAGUCACACUCCAAACUCCACUAUGGCCAAGACCAAAGAGCUGUCAAAGGACACCAGAAACAAAAUUGUAGACCUGCACCAGUCUGGGAAGACUGAAUCUGCAAUAGGUAAGCAGCUUGGUUUGAAGAAAUCAACUGUGGGAGCAAUUAUUAGGAAAUGGAAGACAUACAAGACCACUGAUAAUCUCCCUCGAUCUGGGGCUCCACGCAAGAUCUCACCCUGUGGGGUCAAAAUGAUCACAAGAACGGUGAGCAAAAAUCCCAGAACCACACGGGGGGACCUAGUGAAUGACCUGCAGAGAGCUGGGACCAAAGUAACAAAGCCUACCAUCAGUAACACACUACGCCGCCAGGGACUCAAAUCCUGCAGUGCCAGACGUGUCCCCCUGCUUAAGCCAGUACAUGUCCAGGCCCAUCUGAAGUUUGCUAGAGUGCAUUUGGAUGAUCCAGAAGAGGAUUGGGAGAAUGUCAUAUGGUCAGAUGAAACCAAAAUAUAACUUUUUGGUAAAAACUCAGCUCGUCGUGUUUGGUGGACAAAGAAUGCUGAGUUGCAUCCAAAGAACACCAUACCUACUGUGAAGCAUGGGGGUGGAAACAUCAUGCUUUGGGGCUGUUUUUCUGCAAAGGGACCAGGACGACUGAUCCGUGUAAAGGAAAGAAUGAAUGGGGCCAUGUAUCGUGAGAUUUUGAGUGAAAACCUCCUUCCAUCAGCAAGGGCAUUGAAGAUGAAACGUGGCUGGAUCUUUCAGCAUGACAAUGAUCCCAAACACACCGCCCGGGCAACGAAGGAGUGGCUUCGUAAGAAGCAUUUCUAGGUCCUGGAGUGGCCUAGCCAGUCUCCAGAUCUCAACACAUAGAAAAUCUUUGGAGGGAGUUGAAAGUCUGUGUUGCCCAGCGACAGCCCCAAAACAUCACUGCUCUAGAGGAGAUCUGCAUGGAGGAAUGGGCCAAAAUACCAGCAACAGUGUGUGAAAACCUUGUGAAGACUUACAGAAAACGUUUGACCUGUGUCAUUGCCAACAAAGGGUAUAUAACAAAGUAUUGAGAAACUUUUGUUAUUGACCAAAUACUUAUUUUCCACCAUAAUUUGCAAAUAAAUUCAUUAAAAAUCCUACAAUGUGAUUUUCUGGAUUUUUUUUUCUCAUUUUGUCUGUCAUAGUUGACGUGUGUACCUAUGAUGAAAAUUACAGGCCUCUCUCAUCUUUUUAAGUGGGAGAACUUACACAAUUGGUGGCUGACUAAAUACUUUUUUCCCCCACUGUAUGUGGUCUAUUUCUAUGCUUCCCAUUCUUAAAUUUCUUUUUAAAGCAACUUUAUUGAGCUACACAAUCAAUUGCAGACACUUUGAGAUUAUUUGGAUAUGAAAUGCAUUACUAGCUCUUAAAAGUCUUAUUCUAGCCUGGUGGAACCAGCCUGAUUGCUGCAUUCACCAUUCUGUUUUACUGCAUGUAUCAGCCUGGCCUUUCUCCAAUAGAUGACAAAAUUACUUUUCCAAUCAGCGCCCUCUCAGAAACAGUGGUUGGGUUUAGGACAAAAACCAAUGUUGCCAAAUACUAUGCUUGAAUUAGGCUGUCCUCUGAUUGGUUGAAAGUGAUCCAAUCGCUAACAAUUUAGUUCUGAAUUAUAGAUAUUUUAGACUGUAGGUUCAAACAGUUUCAAUGAGAAGGAAUGGCAGACUGAUACUUGAGGCUAAAUAGAAUGGUGAAUGUAGAGAUCUGCCUGGUUCCACAAGUCCAUCAAAGGUUUUUAUUCUAAUCCUCUGCAAAUAAUAUAAAUGUCUAUGAUUACUUAGAAUUUACAGAUGAUCAUGACCAGAAAGGGCGCAUAGAUAAUUUGGCAGAUUAUUCAUUUUCUUGGUACAUGUUAAUUAUUAUGAAUGAAUCAAUUAAUUAUGAAAUGGCAUAUUAUUGUGAAUAUCUAUAUUAUUUAUUAUUGUUAUUGUUAUAUUAUUACACUUUAAAUUGUCAUAGAAACAAACUACCUUCUUUACAGGGAUUCUGUUUGCCAAUGGAGACUCAUGGAAAGAGAUGAGGCGCUUUGCCCUGACGAACCUUAGAGACUUUGGGAUGGGCAACAAAGGGAGUGAAGACAAAAUCUUAGAGGAAAUCCCUUAUCUGAUUGAAGUGUUUGAAAAACAUGACGGUAAGAGCAAUAUAGGUAUCUCUACACUGUAGUAGUAGAAGUAGCAUGAUGUAUUUAUAGGUGAUGUGUAGGCCUAAUUGCCUGGUUAAAAAUCUGGCUAUUCUUAACCAUAUUAUUAGUAAACAGCUAUUUGGCUUUCUAUGUGAUCGUGUGGGUUCUGGAAAGCUUAUUUUGCAAUUGAUUUCAAUGUUUUGUCUAUCACAGGUCAGGCAUUUGACACCACCCAGCCUGUGAUUUAUGCCGUCUCCAACAUAAUCUCGGCCAUUGUCUAUGGCAGCAGGUUUGAAUACACUGACCCCCUAUUCACAGGCAUGGCAGAUAGGGCCAAUGAGAGUAUACACCUUGCAGGCUCCGCAUCAAUUCAGGUACAGUCUGCUCAUUCAGGCCAUUCUGUUUUUACUGUAUUUUCUAAAUAAAUAAUGGCUGUCUCAGUGCAAUCAAUACAACUAGGAAACAGAAUACCUGUUAGGAAUUACAUUUACAGUCAUUUAGCAGACGCUCUUAUCCAGAGCGACUUACAGUUAGUGAGUGCAUACAUUAUUUUUUAUACUGGCCCCCCAUGGGAAUCGAACCCACAACCCUGGUGUUGCAAACGCCAUGCUCUACCAACUGAGCUACAUCCCCUGCCGGCCAUUCCCUCCCUUCAACUUCAGGGCAAUCAAUAAAACUAAGGGGGGGAAAUGAAAACAUUUCCCCCUGCCCUGCAGAUGGCUAAUAGAGGACUAUUAAAGGCCCAGUAUCCUACUUUUGUGAAAAAAUGUGGCAUACUUUUAAAAUAUACACUACCAUUCAAAAGUUUGGGGUCACUUAGAGAUUUCAUUGUUUUCCAUGAAAACAUACAUGAAAUGAGUUUGAAUGGGAAAUAUAGCGAAAUGAAUAGGAAUUGUAGUCAUUGACAAGGUUAGAAAUAAUGAUUUUUAAUUGAAAUAAUAAUUGUGUCCUUCAAACUUUGCUUUCGUCAAAGAAUCCUCCAUUUGCAGAAAUUACAGCCUUGCAGACCUUUGACAUUCUAGUUGUCAAUUUGUUGAGGUAAUCUGAAGAUAUUUCACCCCAUGCUUCCUGAAGCACCUCCCACAAGUUGGAUUGGCUUGAUGGGCACUUCUUACGUACCAUACGGUCAAGCUGCUCCCACAACAGCUCAAUAGGGUUGGGAUCCGGUGACUGUGCUGGCCACUCCAUUAUAGACAGAAUAUCAGCUGCUUCCCUAAAUAGUUCUUGCAUAGUUUGGAGCUGUGCUUUGGGUCAUUGUCCUGUUGUAAGAGGAAAUUGGCUCCAAUCAAGCGCGGUCCACAGGUUAUGAAGUUGCAAAAUGGAGUGAUAGCCUUCCUUCUUCAAGAUCCCUUUUACCCUGUACAAAUCUCUCACUUUACCACCACCAAAGCACCCCCAGACCAUCACAUUGCCUCCACCAUGCUUGACAGAUGGCAUCAAGCACUCCUCCAGCAUCUUUUCAUUUGGUCUGCGUCUCACAAAUGUUCUUCUUUGUGAUCCGAACACCUCAAACUUUGAUUCGUUUGUCCAUAACACCUUUUUCCAAUCUUCCUCUGUCCAGUGUCUGUGUUCUUUUGCCCAUCGUAAUCUUUUCUUUUUAUUGGCCAGUUUGAGAUAUGGCUUUUUCUUUGCAACUCUGCCUAGAACGUCAGCAUCCCGGAGUCGCCUCUUCACUGUUGACGUUGAGACUGGUGUUUUGCGGGUACUAUUGAAUGAAGCUGCCAGUUGAGGACCUGUGAGGCGUCUUUUCUCAAACUAGACACUCUAAUGUAUUUGUCGUCUUGCUCAGUUGUGCACCGGAGCCUCCCACUCCUCUUUCUAUUCUGGUUAGAGCCAGUUUGCGCUGUUCUGUGAAGGGAGUAGUACACAGCGUUGUACAAGAUCUUCAGUUUCUUGGCAAUUUCUCGCAUGGAAUAGCCUUAAUUUCUCAGAACAAGAAUAGACUGACGAGUUUCAGAAGAAAGUUAUUUGUUUCUGGCCAUUUUGAGCCUGUAAUGGAACCCACAAUUGCUGAUGGUCCAGAUACUCAACUAGUCUCAAGAAGGCCAGAUUUUAUUGCUUAUUUAAUCAGCACAACAGUUUUCAGCUUUGCUAACAUAAUUGCAAAAGGGUUUUUCUAAUGAUCAAUUAGCCUUUUAAAAUGAUAACCUUGGAUUAGCAAACACAACGUGCCAUUGGAACACAGGACUGAUGGUUGCUGAUAAUGGGCCUCUGUACGCCUAUGUAGAUAUUCCAUAAAAAAUCUGCUGUUUUCAGCUACAAUAGCCAUUUACAACAUUAACAAUGUCUACACUGUAUUUCUGAUCAAUUUGAUGUUAUUUUAAUGGACAAAACUUUUGAACGGUUGUGUAUAUUUCUCAGCACCCCUACUUCCCGUAGAUGUGAAUUCUCUGGUAGCAUAUUCCUACCUAACAAAAAAAAACCCUUUGGGCGGCAGGUAGCUUAAUGGUUAAGAGCGCAGUGCCAGUAAUCGAAAGGUCGCUGGUUCUAAUCCCCGAGCCGACUAGGUGAAAAAUCUGUCGAUGUGCCCUUGAGCAAGGCACUUAACCGUAAUUGCUCCUGUAAGUCGCUCUGGAUAAGAGCGUCUGCUAAAUGACUAAAACAAACAAAACAUAACAAGUUUAAAUUGAGAGCCUGUGAAAAGGUCUGUGAGAGGGUUUUGUGUAUGAAUGAAAAGUAAUGUAUUAUUUUUACAGAAUAGUGUAGGUUAACAGGAUGAAUAAACCAAUAUCACAAUAUGCCUUGCUCAUAUUGAUAUAAAACAAUCACGGGCUCCCGAGUGGUGCAGCGGUCUAAGACACUGCAUCUCAGUGGUUGAGGCGUCACUACAGAACCCCUGGUUCGAUUCCAGGCUGUAUCACAACCGGCCGUGAUUGGGAGUCCCAUAGGGCGGCGCAUAAUUGGCCCAGCGUCGUCCGGGUUUGGCCGGUGUAGGCCGUCAUUGUAAAUAAGAAUUUGUUCUUAACUGACUUGCCUAGUUAAAGGUUAAAUAAAAAAUCAAUAUUGAAUUAUCAAUAUUGUUACCCACCACUAAUAAUUACAUACUGUAUUUAUGAAUAUAUAUAUUUCAUUUAUCUAUAAAAUGUAUCUAUAAUUCAAUUUACAUGUAUAUAUUUAAUAAUAUAAUUAUAGUUAUGUGUUGUGUUGUGUGUAGUAUGUUAAAUGUAAUAAUGUUAUAUUUAAUAAUAUAAUUAUAGUUAUGUGUUGUGUUGUGUGUAGUAUGUUAAAUGUAAUAAUGUUAUAAAUAAUUAAUAUAUUAAAAUAUAGUUUUAUGCGUAUUCUACCUGUAUCUCUGUAUAGAUGUACAACAUGUUUCCCAGGUUGGGCCCGUGGAUAACGAACCUGACGCGUCUGAAGAAAAAUGUUGCUGAUACGAAGAUGGAGGUGACAGAGCUGGUGAGAGGCCUGAAGGAGACUCUGAACCCUGAGAUGUGUAGAGGCUUUGUGGACUCGUUCCUCGCCCGAAAGCAGACCCUGGAGGUAUGAAGAGUUCAUGCAGAAUCUGCAUCUCAUGCAUACAUAAUAAAGUGUUGCAUCAAUAUUGCUCAGUAUAACUAUACAGAAUAUAAUUAAGCAAGUCCCAAGGGGGUGUGGUAUAUGGCCAAUUUACCACAGCUAAGGGCUGUUCUUAGGCGCAGUGCCUGGAUACAGCCCUUAGCUGUGGUAUAUUGGCCAUAUACCACAACCCCAUAGGUGCCUUGUUGGUAUUAUAAACUGGUUACUAACAUAAUUAGAAUGGUAAACUAGUGAUUUUGCAUCAUACCGGCCAAUCAUCAUCCAGGACCCAAAGUACCCAGUUUAUAAUACUCAUUAUGCCAUCCUGUGGUGCACUUGGAUACUGCAGCAGAACACAACUAACUUGAGUUGUCCACCAGGAACAUACCAAUGGGCACAGACGUCAAUUCAACGUGUAUUCGACAUUGGUUCAACGUAAUUUCAUUGAAAUCCAGUGUGUGACCAGUAUGCAUAUGACUGAAUGCCAGAUGAGGGAGGAUAGAAGUAGAGUUUUUUCCUUAUCAGUAGAAUUUCAUGUAAACUCACACAGACUCAAACACGAAAACAUUUCCUGCUUUAAAAGAAUGUGUAGAUUAUCUGUGAAUGACUUACAACAGCUCCUUAAGUAACUGUUGUACAUAAUUCAUAUGUCAUCUGCGGGUCUCUAUCUGUUAGGAAUCUGGCAAUAUGGAUUCUUUCUACCAUGACAACAACCUGGUAUUUAGUGUUGCUAGCCUGUUUUCUGCUGGUACCGACACCACCGGGACAACCCUGCGCUGGGGUCUGCUGCUAAUGGCCAAGUACCCUCACAUACAGGGUAAGGAUUUAUAUAAACACACACACCACAGGAGGCUGCCGAGGGUAGUACGGCUCAUAAUAAUGACUGGAAUGAAAUUAAUGUAAUAGUCUUUUUUAAAAUCUUUUUUUGAUUUCUCAGACGCUCUUAUCCAGAGCGAUUUACAGGAGCAAUUACGGUUAAAUGCCUUGCUCAAGGGCAUAUCAACAGUUUUUUUCACCUAGUUGGCUCGGGGAUUCAAACCAGUGACCUUUCGGUUACUGGCCAAGUGCUCUUAACCGCUAAUCUACCUGCCGCCCAUGCAUGUGUUUGAUACCAUUCCAUUUGUUCCGUUCCAGCCAUUACUAUGAGCCCGUCCUCCCCAAUUAAGGUGCCAGUGACCGCCUGUGAUGCACGAACGCACAAACACACACAGAGAGACAAAACACUAAAGCACUCAUGGUGUUACAAGUUCUAAACAUUGACAAAGGGCUGACUUGAAGCAGAGGUUAUGAAACUAGAUUAAGAUGGUUGGGUUAAUAAAGGUUAAACAUUAACUAAGGUUUCUAAGUUUCAAUGCAGUAACUCCAACCCCUCCCUCCUUUCUGUCUCAGAUUGAACCACAUACCAGGUUAAUUAUCAUUCAGAUUAACCUUUCACCUCUGGGUUAGAGUAACAGUGGCACUUUUCCUGUCUUUUUUCAAGACCGGGUCCAGGAGGAGAUCAGCAGGGUUAUAGGAAGUCGUCAGCCCUUGGUAGAGGACAGGAAGAACCUGCCCUACACUGAUGCAGUGAUCCAUGAGAUCCAGAGACUGGCCAAUAUUGUACCCAUGUCCAUCCCUCACACCACCAGCCGAGACGUCACCUUCCAGGGAUAUUUCAUCAAGAAGGUCAGAUACCUGACUUUCCAAAAUAGUUCUUUUUUGUAUUUUUUUUAGUUGUCCUGAAAUGAUUGCAAUCCACUCCUUUUGAGUGUGCACUUUAUUUAUUAAACAAAGUUUCAUCACUCAUCACUUUUAUAUAUAUAACGGAGUCCUACGCUUCACUCUCACUGCAGGGGACGUCUGUGAUUCCUUUAUUGACGUCCGUCCUACAUGACGAUAGCGAAUGGGAGAGCCCCCACUGCUUUAACCCCUCCCACUUUCUGGAUGAGCAGGGACGAUUCGUCAAGAGGGACGCCUUCAUGGCCUUUUCUGCAGGUAUAUUAACUUAAUUAUUUAGCUAAUUACUUCAUUGCAAGAAGUAGAGAAAUUGUGGUAGCCUUUUGGACAGACUUCAUGCUAUUUUCUAUAUCUUUGGUCUCUCUCGCAGGUCGUAGGGUGUGUCUGGGGGAGGGUCUGGCCAGGAUGGAGCUCUUCCUCUUCUUCACCUCCCUCCUGCAGCACUUUAGUUUCUCUCCUCCUCCUGGAGUAACAGAGGAUGAUCUGGACCUCACACCAUCCGUGGGGUUCACCCUCAACCCUUCACCUCACCAGCUCUGUGCUGUGAGCCGGGUCUGAGAAGCAGUGGCGAUUUUAACAUAAAAUA